ACCCAUUCCCCCCAAAGCUCCCAGCUCCAAGCUUACCAGUCCCCUCCCCUCUCACACUCUAUCCUUCCUAAGCAGCCUUUCCCCAAGCACAGCGACCAGCGUUUUUCCCUACCACCCCAGCUCUCCCCCUUCUCUAUCCUUUCUUCCCUCCUUUUUCUUUCCUCCUUUCCCAUCUUUUUCGUACGAAUCUCAUCCAUAGUUUUCUCGUGUUCAUCAAUCCGCCAGCCCGGAUUCUAGUUUUCUAUCGAGAAACUCUCCCAAAGCUUAUUUCAAGCCCUAGAACAUGACUUCUCGGAAGAGAAAGCAGGAGGAAGAGGAGGAAGAAGAGCUCGUUGCUCUACCCAGCGAUGAAAGCGAAGAGGAAGAGGAAUAUAUAUCGGAAGGCGAUGAAGAUGAUGAUGCCGACGAUGUUGAGGAUGACGAAGAAGAAUAUGACGAAAUAGUCGAGCCUGAGGAGGAAGAGGAAGAGAAGAAUGGUGUAAAGCCAGCACCAGCUCAAGCUCAACCUGAAGCCCCUCCAAAGAAGAAGCUAAAGACGGCAAAUGCCCCAACCGAGCCUAUUCCCAUCGUCAAGAAUGGCGAGGAGGGUGAGGAGGAGAGUGAGGAAGAGGAGUUCGAUAACGACGAUCCUGAGGUCGAGGAUAACUUGGAUGUAGAAGGAUAUGAUGACGAAGAGGAUGUCGAUGAUGUCGAGGAUGUCGAAGAUGACGAGGAGAACGGCGUCGAGGAACCUAAGAAAUUGGGUAUCGACGUCGAUCUGCCUACCAAUGGCAAGACCCAUGCAGUGAAAGAAGUUGCUGCUAACGGCGAUGAGGCUGACGAUUGAGUUCCCUCAUACCGUUCUGCCCCAGGUCGGAGAUGACAAUUUUGACAUCUACUCAGACGUCAAGCCCAGUAGCUACCACGAGCU